AGUAAAAGUAAAAUAGAACAAAGGUGACAAAAUCUUUAUUUCUUAAAAAACAAGAAAAACUCUGUCUCUUCCAAUUCUUCUCUUUGUUCUCUUUCAAGAACUUGAUCAGCAAUUUUUUUUUGUUGUUUCCUGUAAAGAUGAGGAGAGUUUUUGGUGCUAAAAAAGAUAAAGAACCACCACCUUCAAUCCAAGAUGCAUCAGAGAAGAUAAAUAAAAGAGGUGAUACAGUAGAUGAGAAGAUCAAGAAGCUAGAUGCAGAACUUGCUAGAUACAAAGAACAGAUUAAAAAGACAAGACCUGGACCUGCUCAAGAGGCUGUGAAAGCUAGAGCUAUGAGGAUUCUUAAGCAAAAGAGAAUGUAUGAAGGACAGCGUGACAUGCUCUAUAACCAGACGUACAACCUUGAUCAAGUUGCAUUUGCUUCUGAAGGAAUUAAAGAUGCUCAACAAACUAUGUCAGCUUUGAAAUCCGCCAACAAGGAAUUGAAAGGAAUGAUGAAAACUGUGAAGAUUCAAGAUAUUGAUAACUUGCAAGAUGAGAUGAUGGACUUGAUGGAUGUGAGCAAUGAAAUUCAAGAGACCUUGGGCAGAAGCUAUAAUGUGCCAGAUGAUAUUGAUGAGGAAGAACUCAUGGGUGAACUUGAUGCUCUGGAAGCAGACAUGGGAAUGGAAACUGAAUCUGAUGGGGUGCCUUCUUAUCUGCAACCUGAUAAGGAAUCUGAUCUUGAUGCAGAACUGAACUUGCCUUCAGCGCCCACAGGACAAGGAGCACCAGCUAGCAGAUACAAUGCCCAGGCUGAGGAUGAACUGGGCUUACCUGCUGUCCCUCGGGCUUCUCUUCGUGGUUAGACAGUUUUUUUACGUGAUCCUUGUGAAAGUAAUUUGAAGAGCUGGAUGCCAAACCCCGUAAACAUGUUGCUGAUUUACAUGAUUUAAUUGGUGUUUGGAGGGGCUAGGCUUUAUUCCAUGCAAUGAUUUAUUUUUUCUUUGAAUAAGUACUGUGAAUACAUUUUGUGAAAAAGGAUGCCCCUGAACAGUUUGGCAACUGGAUUCUACACGGAUAGAUGUGUAAAUGAAGUUAAACUUUCCUUCC